GGUGAAAAGGACAUGAAGGUUGGAUUACCUGUCAUCUCUGUCACUGAAAAUAGCAAAACUUUGGAUACAUUGCUCAGAUUUUGCUGUCCCUCGACUCUGGCGGAGGACCCGAGUAAGCUGGAGAACAAAACCAGGACUGCCACAAAGUUUACGUUGCGUCAGCCGUUGCUCCCCCAAACGUGAAAGAGUUAGGACUGAUCACGGAAAUAGACCUUUGCCAACUUCUAGACCAUCGUGCGCGAUGUGCCGUAAUGAUAAAGAAGCUGACUUCAUUACACUGGAUGCUUCGGCGGUAUCUAUGCAACGUUCCAGUGGUUGACAGCUACCGACCACAGUCC